ACACACUCUCUCUCUCUCUCUCUCUCUCUCUCUCUAGAUAUUUGUAAAUUUUCUAUAUCUCCUCUCCGCGUUUGGAGCUAUAAUAGAGGUGUUAGUUAACGCUAAUUCCUAGUUAAUCAACCAUGGCGAUUCACAGAGUCACAGUCGUUUCUGUUCUUUUGAUGCUAGGGUUUCUAUCGAACGCCGUACGAUCGCUCCGAUUCGAUCUCCAAUCGGGUCACACCAAGUGCAUCGCUGAGGACAUCAAGAGCAAUUCGAUGACCGUUGGCAAGUACAGCGUCGUCAAUCCCGACGAAGCCCAUCCUUUGCCCGAAUCUCAUAAACUCACCGUCAGGGUGACAUCCACAUACGGGAAUAGCUAUCACUACGCGGAACAGGUGGGCUCGGGACAGUUUGGUUUUCAGGCAGUGGAGGCUGGGGACUACAUGACUUGCUUUUGGGCUGCUGAUCACAAUCCGCAGACAACAAUCACGGUCGAUUUCGAUUGGAAAACUGGUGUGGCUGCUAAGGAUUGGACCAACGUUGCUAAGAAAGGCUCAAUCGAUGCCAUGGAAGUAGAGCUGAAGAAAUUAUAUGAAACUGUUACAUCUAUUCAUGAUGAGAUGUUUUAUCUCCGUUCAAGGGAAGAAGCAAUGCAGGAGCUUAACAGAACAACCAGCUCCAGAAUGACUUUAUUGAGUUUUCUUUCACUUUUUGUUUGCUUAUCUGUAGCAGGUUUGCAAGUAUGGCACUUGAAGACCUUUUUCGAAAAGAAGAAGCUCAUAUAAUAGUUUUCCUUUUAUGUACAAUUUUCCAUUAGUGGCAUAUUAAAGAAACGGAAAAUUUUAUGUCAAUUUCAGAUUAUUGAGUUACAAAUAAUUAAAAACAUGUGCCAAGAACGUCUUUUCUUCUCUUUCUGACUUGUCCAGAGAUGCUGUUAGUAUUCUUCUAUGGAUAUUUUGGAAUCAGUAAUGUUAUGGUGAUCAAAUUAUGGGUGCAUUGACAUCACUA